AAGCUGUAGAGAAAAUGUGGAAAUGAAAUUAGGAAUAUCCACAAACAAAGGGUUAUUCGGUUUUUAGGGUAAGUGAAAGAAAACACAGGAAAAGCCCAAAUUCCGAAUUCCCAUCUGUCCCAUAACGCUCAAAAACCACAUUGCCCUUGCAAACAAGACAACACGCACUUAACAUUGAUUUUGUAACUCGGCGUUUUCUUUGAUAGCCCUGAAAAGUCAUCCUCUCAGCCUAGAAAACCAAACGCUACCCCUUUAUCUCUCUCUCUCUUCUCUCUCAGUCUCUCUAAGAAUUUGAGCAGCAAAGCCCAAAUCUUUGUGUUCUUCAGCCGGUCCCGUGUUUCAGGGAUUUCUGCAUAGAGAAGAGAAUUGUUUUGUUUACGUCUCACAGAAACUGAUUGCUUGUGCCAGUGCUGCCACCGAGUAGCAACAAUCACCAGUGAAGAAUCAUCUGAAACAGAUGAACUGUGAUUAUUAUGUCUGAACAACUGAUAGAAGGUCUCCCUGACGCUGUUUCCCUUAGGUGUCUUGCAUGGGUUCCUUUCUAUCUCCAUCCCAAGUUGGAGCUUGUUUCUCGUUCCUGGCAAGCUGCCAUUCGUAGCCCUGAACUUUUUAGAGCUCGACAGGAGGUUGGCUCAUGUGAGGAUCUACUAUGCGUGUCCGCUUUUGACCCAGAUAAUUUAUGGCAGCUAUAUGACCCUCAUCAAGAUCUUUGGAUUACACUCCCUGUUCUCCCCUCUAAAAUCAGAAACCUUUCUCACUUUGGUGCUGUCUCUGCUGCCGGAAAAUUGUUUGUUCUGGGUGGUGGCAGUGGCGCUGUUGACCCACAGACUGGCGACCAAGAUGGCAGCUUUGCAACCAAUGAGGUGUGGUCAUAUGAUCCUGUAAUUAGGCGAUGGACACCACGUGCAUCUAUGCUUGUGCCUCGUGCGAUGUUUGCAUGCUGUGUUUUAGGCGGAAAGAUUGUUGUUGCAGGUGGUUUCACCAGCUGUCGAAAAUCAAUUUCUCAGGCAGAAAUGUAUGACCCUGAGAAGGAUGCGUGGGAUCCAAUUCCUGAUCUCCAUCGCACUCAUAAUUCUGCAUGCUCAGGAAUAGUGAUUGGAGGAAAGGUGCAUGUCUUACACAAGGGUUUAUCAACGGUGCAAGUCUUGGACAAUGUGGGGCGUGAGUGGACGGUGGAGGAUUAUGGUUGGCAACAGGGUCCAAUGACAGUUGUUAAGGGUGCACUUUAUGUGAUGAGCCAUGGUGUUAUCUCCAAGCAAGAUAGAGAAUCAGUGAAGGUAUUGGUUUCGGCAUCUGAGUUUGGUCGCAGAAUUGGGUUUGCAAUGACUGGACUAGCAGAUGAGAUUUAUGUGAUUGGUGGGGUGAUUGUCCCUGACCAAUGGAACUUGGAAAUCAAGCCAAUGUCUGAUGUUGAUGUUCUCACGAUUGGGAGUGAAAGACCGACUUGGCGCCAGGCAGCUCCAAUGACACGGUGCCGUGGAACGAUUCUUGGUUGUACACAGUUGAGAAUUUAGGUGACCGUUUGUUCAAGUUGCUAUUUGUUGUUCGUAAGUGCUCUUCUUGAUGCUUUUGAUUCCUGCUACAAGGAAUUGGCCUUAUGCUGGCUACCUUUAUUUUUUGGCUUGCUAGGCGUAAUCUUCGGCCUUGUUUCAUGUUUUGAACAUCAGCUUGAGAGUUCCUCUUGGAACUCCUGUAUGCCAAGGUAACGGUAAAAGGCCCAGCACCAUUGGAAGAGGCAACAGUUUAGCGGUCCAAGAAUUAUAUGAACUAUUGUCAUGGAUGAAGCACUAGUUUUCCUUUUUGUUUCCUGGAUAAUCAAACAAAGAAUCUUCUAUAUGUCCGCAUCUUUCUUAAAUUUCUUUCAUUUAUGUUUUAUUUCAUGGGGAAGCCAAUGCUAUUCAACAAAUGCACUACUUCUUGGA